AUGGAGUUCCUUGAUUCUAAUCUUCCUGAGUCGUCCAUAAUGAAUUCCAGAAACUCUUUCCUGAAAGCUAAAGGUGCAGGACAGUUGACAGAAAAUCAUCAGUUUUCUUAUGCCUUGGAUCUUUUGCGUACUUCUUCAAAACAAAAUAUGAAAACAGCCAUCUUCCUUCUGGAAGAUUUGUUCAAGUCCACUAGGGACGAUGGAUUUCGUAGGGACUGUUUAUUUUACCUGGCUAUUGCACACACAAAACUCCCAGAUUAUGAACGUGCACUUGAAUGCUGUGAUAAUAUCCUGAAAGUGCAACCGCAGAACCAUCAAACACAACAGCUCAAGGAGGAAAUACACCGACGCGUGUCCUGGGAGGCGACGAUAUUUCGGAGGAAAGAGGUCAAACAUCGCGAGACGCGUUUCAUAGUACACGAAUUUGAGGCCGACAACCGUUUUCGUAGCAGCUCGUUGGACACGUUCAGUGAGGAUUACGUCUCGCGUCCUGAGUAG